UCUCAGAUCGCGUUGCUGCAUCUGGAUCUCACGUUGUGCACGCCGCGGCGUCCCGAUGAUGGUGCACUGUGGAGUCGUCGAAACGUCGCGUUGUCGUCCGUCUUUUCGAUGCAGCGGCAUCGAAGAGCAUCUCUAGAUGUAUGAUCUCUAGACUCGAAACGGUUGCCGGUGUUAGGACUGUUUUCGUUGCGGCAUUUGUGGUUGUUGGUAACUUGGAUUUGGACGUACUUUGCCAAAAAUAGAGCCAGACGGGAAACAAAAAAAGGAAGCGUCGUGGAUAAGAGAAGCCGGGUGGCAAAGAGCAUUUAUCAAGUGAUUUGGAUUCUUUUGAGGACGAUUACAUAAAAUACAACUAAAUAUAAACAAGCGAAAUGUUACAUAAAUGAUACUCCCAGUUAUGAGUUACUUUCCAAAUCAUCAUGCACUUUAAGAAACUACUAGAAUAUUAAAAUAUUAGAAGACUGUCAUCGAAUUUAAGGACCAAGAAGGACUUGAAAAUGAAGUGUUUAAAGUGUGUUAGUGAGUUUAUAGUGUUUUCGAUAACAUUGACGUUGGUACUGUGUCAACACGAAUACGACCACACUCCUGUGGUUGGUGUGAAGAAGGAAAGUCGAUGUUAUGAUGAUUUUAACAGGCCUCAGAGAUGCAUUCCUGAAUUCGAAAAUGCCGCCUUCAACGUGGAAAUGGACGCUACCAACACCUGCGGAGCGGCCGGCGACCUGGAAUACUGCGUCCAGACCGGAGUGACCGGUAUCAGGAAGUCCUGCGAAGUGUGCAGACCUGGCCAACAUCACGCCCGUUUUCUUACGGACUUCCACAACGUGGACAGUCCCACGUGGUGGCAGUCGGAGACCAUGUUGGAGCAGAUACAGUGGCCUAACCAGGUCAAUUUGACGUUAAACUUUGGAAAGGCUUUUGAUAUAACCUACGUUAGGUUAUGGUUUAUGUCUCCACGACCAGAAAGCUUUUAUUUAUCGAAGAAAUCCUACGAAGGUGGUCCAUGGGUACCAUAUCAGUACUACAGCGCCACCUGUCGAGAUACUUACGGACUACCAGACUCGACCCACACGAAACGCGGUGAAGAAACCCGCGCACUCUGCACAUCAGAAUACUCCGACAUUUCGCCGCUACACGGCGGUAAUGUCGCUUUUGGAACGCUGGAAGGCAGACCGUCGGCCUACAAUUUCGAUACCAGUCCGGAAUUACAAGAAUGGGUGACAGCCACGGAAAUUAUGAUCACCCUUGACCGGAUCAACACCUUCGGUGACGAAGUGUUCGGCGACCAGCAAGUCUUAAGAUCCUACUUCUACGCCAUAGCGGAUGUUUCAGUUGGUGCACGGUGCAAGUGCAACGGCCACGCUACGGAAUGCGUGGCCAGUACCGGCACCAACGGUACCAGAUCUAGGGUGUGCCGGUGCGAGCACAACACUGCAGGACCCGACUGCGGGGAGUGUCUGCCAUUUUAUAACGAUGCUCCAUGGGCCAGGGCAACAGCUAACAACGCACACGAAUGUAAACAAUGCAACUGUAACGGCUACUCAAACCGAUGCAUGUUCGACCAAAAACUCUACGACGAAUCUGGACACGGUGGACACUGCCUGGACUGCGCCGACAACAGAGACGGACCAAACUGUGAACGAUGCCGUCCGAACUACUACAUGAGAGAAGACGGAUAUUGCACUGCAUGCGAUUGUCACAAGAUUGGCUCGUUGUUCCAGCAGUGUAAUUCUCAAGGGAAAUGCCAGUGCAAACCUGGGGUAACUGGGGAUAAAUGUGAUAGAUGCGCGGACAACCACUACGAUUUCUCUAAAUCAGGUUGCAAGUCUUGUGAUUGUAACCCUUCCGGAUCAGCGUACAAUACUCCUCGAUGUGAUCCAUCUACAGGUUAUUGUUUUUGUAAAGACAACGUAGAAGGCAAACAAUGCCAAGACUGCAAACCUGGCUUCUUCAAUCUUCACUACGACAACGAAUUCGGAUGCACUCCUUGCUUUUGCUACGGCCAUUCUUCCCAAUGUAAAUCAGCACCGGGGUACUUCGAGUACCUCCUAGAAAGUACCUUCGCAAAAAGUUCUGAAAAGUGGAAAGCCGAGGACCCUUACGGUAGAAACGUGCCGUUGAAGUACGAAGGGAUCAGUCAAAGUAUUGGUGUCCAGGCUAAGGAGGAAGAGGCUAUUUAUUUCGUGGCUCCACAGAGGUUCUUGGGUGACCAAAGAGCUUCCUACAAUCAGCUGUUGGAUUUUUCUUUGAGAGUUGGCGAUAGUAGGCCUAUUCCUACUGCAACGGAUAUUAUAUUGGAGGGUGGGAAUUCUUCAAUAACCAACACGAUUUUUGCUCAGGAUAAUCGAAUACCUUCAAUGGAGACCCAAAAUUACAAGUUCAGGCUGCACGAGCAUCCAGACUACGGCUGGCAGCCUAGAAUGUCCUCUAGAUCGUUCAUUUCCCUCCUUACAAACCUCACUGCUAUCAAAAUUAAAGGAACUUUCGCUCCGAGAGGCGUGGGCUUCUUGGACGAUGUUAAAUUAGAAACAGCAUCGAGAGGAAUUGCUGGAAAGCAAGCAUUGUGGAUCGAACUAUGCGACUGUCCAACCGGGUAUGUUGGACAGUUUUGCGAGUCUUGUGCUCCGGGAUAUCGGCAUUCACCGGCUCACGGUGGUCCGUUCACAAACUGCAUUCCCUGUGAUUGUAACAACCAUGCCAGCAUCUGUGAUUCCGAGACAGGAAGGUGUAUCUGCCAGCACAACACAACCGGCGAAAACUGCGAGUUUUGUAGAAGGGGAUAUUACGGAAACGCCUUAGCUGGAACAUCGGAAGAUUGUCUUCCAUGCGGUUGUCCAGAAGGAGGAGCUUGUAUCCAACUAGGAGACGACGAGAUCAUGUGCGUGGAAUGCCCCACUGGAUACUCAGGUCCCAGAUGUGACAUUUGCUCCGAUGGAUUCUUCGGCGAUCCCACAGGACGUUUUGGACCCCCCACCCCAUGCCAGUUGUGCGAGUGUAGUGAAAACAUCGACUUGAACGCUAUAGGGAACUGUAAUACCACCACAGGAGAAUGCUUAAGGUGUAUCCAUAAUACUGGAGGAUCCAGAUGUGAAAUUUGUCUUCCAGGUUACUAUGGUAAUGCUCUGGUACUGCCCAAAGGCGAUUGCAAGAAAUGCCAGUGCUUUCCUCCCGGCACCCACGAUCUUCUUGGUGAACCGAUAUGUGAUCAGAGCACGGGUUCUUGCCAGUGCAAAGCUCACGUAGUUGGCGUUAACUGUGAUCAGUGCGAAAACGGUUACUUCAAUAUUCUCAGCUUUGACGGUUGUCAGAAUUGUAACUGUGACCCUGUAGGAGCCUACAAUCAGUCCUGUAACUUGCAUACUGGCCAGUGUUUUUGUAGACCUGGAGUUACAGGGCUUAGAUGCGAUCAUUGUGAGGCCAGGAUGUACGGAUUUUCUUUGGAAGGUUGCAAGCAUUGCGAAUGUGAUAUUAUCGGGUCCAAAGACUUACAGUGUGAUGCUUCUGGACAGUGUCCAUGCUUGGACAACGUCGAGGGUAGAAAAUGUGACAGAUGCAAAGAGAAUAAGUACAACAGAAAAAUGGGCUGUAUCGAUUGUCCGGAUUGUUACAAUCUUGUGCAAACUGCUCACAGAAAUCACACCAACAAGCUUCAACGACUGCAAGAGAUUCUGUACGAAAUUGAGCAUCAACCCACUGUGAUAUCUGACGAGGAAUUUCCCGACGAACUGGAAAAGAUGGAAAACGAGAUCGACGAGUUUCAUGACAAUGUCAAAAACGGCACAGGAACUAACAGUGUCUUUCAGGAAAUUAUGAAUAUGAGAGAACGGGAAAAAGACGUCGCCAGAACUCUGGAAGAAAUUUACGAAAAUGUUUUUACGACCAGCGAAAAAACUAAGAAGACUCAAAUGAAUCUGGAUCACGCUGAGGAUUUCCUUCUUGAAGUUGAAGAUCGACUAAAUGAAGUUGAAGAAACUUUCGAAGCCCAAGCUAGAAAAUCUCUCCAAGAAGCAUGGGAGAGAUCCAAAGUUGUUGGUCAGCAUUCGGAAAAAAUGACCAACGUAGCCCAAGAAGCCAGAAGUUUGGCAGAUCUUCUCGACGAAGAAGCGGAAAGUAUAACAGCGAAGGCCAAAGAUGCGAAAAAUAAAUCAAUCGAGGCCUACGAAAAAGUAAAGCACGUUCACGCCAUCCAACAAAAUGUCAGUACGGAAACCAGGAAACUCCAAGCGGAUGUCCAGAGUGCUGAAACCAAGCUUAACAGGACCAAAGAUUGGACUGAAAACGUCAACGAAGAAUCAUAUGAGGUCAAAAAUGCCGCUCUAGCUCUCCUCAACGACGUCAACAACUUGAUCGUACCGGAAAUCGAUACCGAACAGCUCAAACAUCGUUCCAGCGAGCUGAAGAACGAAGCCCACAGAUUGGAGAACAAGACCAGAGAACUGUUUGACGGAACUCAACGCCUCAGAUCGUCUAUUGCGGACAAAAACGAAUGGAGUGCCGAACUCAUCGAAAACGCAGUGGAACAACAGGAGGAAAUAGAAGACCUACGCAACGAUUUAGAGCUUUCGCAAAGCCAAGCUGAUAAAGCUAUCGAUCUGUGGAACGAUAUCCUUGAAAGAGCCGAAAGCAAUUUCAAGCUGUUACGCGACUUUGACAGUGAAACCAACAGAUCAAAGGAAAGCGCGGAAGAAGCAUUGAAAACCAUAUCGGACAUCGAGGAAAUUAUUUUUGAAACUGAAGGAAAAACUUUCGAUGCUCAAAAUGCUUUGUUGGAUGCUCAGUCCAAUGCUGAUCGUGCUCUGGAGAAAGCGAACCAAGCGGAUGAAUUGGCUGAAAAUGCUUCUAUAAAAGCUGAGAAUAUCAAGACUGAGGCUGAGGAUCUGUUUAAGAAUACCAGCAGGCUUAGCGAGGAGGCUGGGUUGAUGUAUGACAGGGUGUUGCAUAGCGAGGGUGAAUUGAAGAAUUUGCUGGAUAAGGCUAGGAGUAAUGAUAGUUUGCUUAACGAGGCCAAGGAAAAAGUUGGUCGCGCAGGAAAAUACGCAAACUCAGCCCAAAUCCGAGUCUCCGAGCUGCUCAGCGACGUGGAAGGCAUCAUUUCCGAGCUCCAGAACACUCCGGAAAUCGACGACGAGGAACUGAACCGACUCGAAGAAGAAAUCAACCUCACAGAGUACCACCUGAUCCAAGCCAAACUGGACGAACGCCUGGCCGAGCUGCAAAAAGAGCACAAGUCCCAAAACGACCUCAUCGAGAGCUACAAGGAUCAGAUCAGAACGCUGAGGCACGAGGUCAGCAAUAUAGAGCAUAUUGUCAGUUCUUUACCCGACGGGUGUUAUAAGAGAGUCGAGUUGGAGCCGUGAAAAAAACAUUCAACAAGUGAUAAGUUUUUUGUAAAAUUUUUGAAAAAAUACUUCUAAAUUUACUAAGGUCUGAUUUUUAGCUUUACCAAAGACUUCUUUUUUAUACUUUUUUAUUGUUUUAGAUUAGACUGUUUGUUUUUCUAUUGUAUAUUAGGGAUGUAUGAUGGUUCCAAUGAUAUCGAUAUUGUAUAAUUAUGAGUUCAAUAAAAAAAUCGAUUAAUCAAUAAAUUCUCCAAACAUUGAUAUUUUUGAUAUACAGGGUGUUAUUUAAGUUAUUUACGUUAAUAAGGAGCCUAAUCAGAUAAAAAAUGAGUCCAGUGGCGUGCUAGAAGGCAUUUAAACAACGUUUUUAACGAAGAAAUUUUGCACCUUUUUUGCCUUUUUUAAUUAUUAAUAUUUUUAAUUAUUUUUUUAUUUUUAUUAAAUUUAAUAUUUUUCUCUAUCUUGUUUCGUUUAUGAGAUAAAAAAUAAAAACCUCUUCAUUGCUUGUUCUUGGGACCUGAGAGAAUAAUAAUAAUUGAAUUUACAAUCAUUUCUAAGACAAAAAUAGACUAUUAAAAUUGAAAAAAUUAACAGCACAGUUUUUAAUAGUUUGUUAAUUUUAAUAUUUUAUUAUGUUGUUCCUGGGAUAUGGAAUAGAAUGGUUUUAUUUUUUUUUUGGGCAACGAAGCAAUAUAUAAAAAAUCAAGAGCAAAGGCUGAAUUUUAAGUUGCUUAAAUGUUAAAAUAGUCAGUAGCGCACAAUCCUUUUGUCAUUUUAAUAUUACAUUACGUACAUUAGUUUAAUAUAGAAAGUGCUCUACAGGAAUCCAUUUUAACUUUAAUCUAAUCAAGGUUUUAUUAUCCGCUUUCAAUACUAUUCACAAAAUUGACUAAGAGAUUAUUAGACGUAUUUGUGUUUUUUACGCGUAGAAAUUUUUGUUAAGCGUAAAGAACUAUUUUUUACGUGUAAAAAUGUAUACCUGACGUGUAAAAAACAAGUGUUUACGUUUAUAAAACAAUAUUAUACGUGAAGAACUAUUUUACAUGUAAAAAACAUUUUUUUUUUGUUUAAAAACAAUAUUUUACGUGUAGAGAACUAUUUUUUAGGCGUAAUAAAUUAUUUUAUACAUGUAAAAAUCUAUAUUUUACGCGAAAAGAACUAUGUUUUACGUAUAAAAAAAAUGACGUGUAAGAAAGAUCUUUUGUAUAAAAAAAACACAUUUUACACGUACAACAAGGUUGACUAAGAUAUAAAAUUAAAAAAUAGAUAUUUACGGAAAACUAGAAAUGUAUUUGUCUGGGGCACUGUAUACAUGUUAUAAAUAUAAACUUUUCGUUUUAAAAUCACUCAAAAAAUCACCCCUUGAAGAUUGGCUAUGUAUUGAA